AUGCCGGCGCCAAAGAACAGAAAGGUGGCCAUCGUUGGCAGUCGUUCCGUCGGCAAAUCAUCGUUGGCGGUCCAAUUCGUAGACGGCCACUUCGUUGAUAGUUAUUACCCUACCAUCGAGAACACCUUCAGCAAAACAAUUCGCUAUAAGGGACAAGAAUUUGCGACAGAAAUUGUCGAUACUGCAGGACAGGAUGAAUACAGUAUUUUGAACUCGAAACAUUUCAUUGGCAUCCACGGCUACAUGCUAGUGUACUCGGUGUCGUCUCUACCGUCUUUUGAGAUGGUGCAAGUAAUCCGCGAGAAGAUUCUGAAUCACUUGGGUACUGAAUCAGUCCCUAUAGUCAUCGUCGGUAACAAGAGCGAUCUCCGUCCCGAGCAACGACAAGUCAGCGCAGAGGAAGGCAAGAGAGUAGCAGAGAAGAUUCAAUGCGGUUGGACGGAGGCCAGCGCACGAUACAACGAGAAUGUCGGGAAGGCCUUUGAUAUCUUGAUUGCCGAGAUUGAGAAGGCCCAAAAUCCGGGCGAGACUGCAGAGGGAGGCAAAUGCAUUCUUAUGUAG